AGAUAGUACUUAGGUAAAAUAACUCACUAAAUGUUAACAAGCUAAAACAACAACAGCUGUUUUCUAUACUGCUUUGAUUACUUGUAAGGAGGUAAAGCUGCACAAGAUUCAACCCUGUUCAUAUUAAGCAAUUGGGCUAAGGCUUUUGAAUUAGUUUAGGCUAAUGUCAGAAGCAGGUCUGCUUUGUUAUAUGCUAAGAUUAUGCUUGUGAUAGUUAUUGUGCAGCAGGGAACCUACAGUGUACCCAUGACCUAGCUCAUUUUACAAAUUGUUAAUGGUUACAUAUGGAGUUCCGUAGCCUGGCAUCCGGUUUUCUAGCUGGCCAUUGAUUUGGAACAAUGAGUCUAAUCACUCUGGUCAUAACAGAAGACACUAAUAUUGCGUAAUUACUGCCAGUAAUUUGCAGCAAUGUAGACUGCUCCCAUGUUAGCCAGUAUUUCAGUUAGCUAGCCCUCAGUGGACUUCAGCAAAUACACAUUGUGGUAAUAAUUCCCCUCAUCAAUAGAUGUAGGUUCUUGGGUUCGGAAGCCUUUUAUCUUGUGUUACCUUUUUUCUCUCCUGCUUUCAAGUAGAUUUUGAAUGAGACGCAGAACAUGAAUGAACCUUUCAACUGUGGGACAAUAGGAAGAAAGUAUUAUCAUAUAGUUUGAGCUGUUUGACUUGACGCUCUGAGUGUCACUUGAGGCUGCAGCCUCGGUCUGGAUGGCCUAGAUGAUGACUGGCAUCUAAGGCAGAGGCCUAAGAAGAUGGGACUAGCUGGUGUAUAGGAAACAGCAUUUGACUAUAGCACCAGGGGUGCUCUGAUAGGUACCAUACCUUGAGUCAGAUAUCCAGGAUAAAGGGCAGCUGACAAAUGGCUUAGAAAUUAUUCUGUACUCAGUUUACGCUUCCCAGGAAGGGCUGGUCUAAACACUGCUGUAGAGACCAUCGGACUACCGUUAUUUUUAAAAAAUAUCCGAUCGCAUCAGAGAAGGCAGUGACAACCCUUCUUGGCAAGGGACAGUUCUGUGUUCUUACAAGUGCAAAAUACGGGUGGCAAUUCGUGUUGCAUUUAGUGCAUCUGUCAUUACAUCAAUUUGCAGUGUUUCUUCUUUUGUGUUCUGCUUUUCCAAUGUUCCCAAAGAUUCCUUGGAUAAAUAAAUCAUUUUAAAAAUAUAUUUUGUGUAUCUGCAAAACAGAAUCCUUAAUUACUCUUCUAGGUAUUCUGGUGGAUUUUGUUCUGAAGAAGUAAACAGAAAUAAAUCAAGCCCAGAUAAACGCUGGUUGGUAUUUUUUGUUGUUAGGCGAAACUGAAUAAAACUGUCGAGCAGUAAUCCCUUAGAACUUAGCGAAUAGUUGCUCUUUGUGGUGCUAUCUGGAAACUGGGGUUAAACCUCAGCAGAAUUUUGUUGAGCAUAUUCAUAUCUGAGAUCAAAGGAAGCAGUGAAAAAAUGGUCUCAGAAUAGGAUUAAGGGAUUUUCAUGCAGUUAUUUCCAAAAUGAGAUUUUGUCCGACUAUAUUUGUCAGGCUCUACAAAAGACCUUUUCCUUCUUUUUUUCUGUUGUCCUUUUCCAAGAAACAACAGUCUUCAUACAUUGUUUGUGUGUCUACAGCAACGAUAUGGGUUUGCUUAUAUAAGAAGAUGAGAGACUUUUGAUGGUGCCAAAUGAAAAUGAAAAGAACUUAACUGCAUUUUUGGACUGACUCCUGAUGGGCUGGAUUUUGUCUUGUUGGGCGUAUUUGAAGAUUCACGCUGUGAAAGAAGAAACAGCCAAUGGCUUCAGAAUCCAUGGUCCCAGAGCAGGCAAAACAGCAUCUGAUAAAGGGAAAAAGGCAGCAGCAGCAGCAAACUAGGUCUUCCAACAGCGAUGGUGAAGACGAAAUCUUCGUAUUUGAAGCAAAUGAGGCUUGGAAGGAUUUUCACAGCUCUCUCCUUCACUUCUUUGAAGCUGGAGAGCUCUGCGACAUUACGCUGAAGGUUGGUUCAAAGCUUAUCUCCUGCCACAAACUGGUGCUAGCUUGUGUUAUACCUUACUUCAGAGCCAUGUUUCUUUCAGAAAUGGCUGAAGCCAAGCAGACGCUGAUUGAGAUCAGGGACUUUGAUGGUGACGCAAUAGAAGAUCUAGUGAAGUUUGCGUACUCCUCCCGACUUACUCUUACAGUUGAUAAUGUCCAGCCUCUCUUGUACGCUGCUUGCAUUCUUCAGGUGGAGCUUGUAGCAAAAGCUUGCUGUGAAUACAUGAAGUUACACUUCCAUCCCUCCAACUGCCUGGCAGUCAGGGCAUUUGCAGAGAGUCACAACCGCAUUGACUUGAUGGACAUGGCUGAUCAGUAUGCUUGUGAACAUUUUGCCGAAGUGGUGGACUGUGAAGACUUUGUGAGCGUGUCACCGCAGCACCUCCAUAAACUCUUGUCCUCCAGUGAUCUGAAUAUAGAAAAUGAAAAGCAAGUUUACAACGCUGCUAUCAAGUGGCUUCUGGCCAACCCACAGCAUCAUGCUAUGUGGCUGGAUGAAAUACUUGCUCAGGUACGACUGCCUCUGUUGCCCAUUUGUUUCCUUAUGGGUGUUGUGGCAAAGGAAGAGAUUGUCAAGCAGAAUCUAAAAUGUAGGGAUUUGCUGGAUGAAGCAAGAAACUACCACCUUCACCUGAGCAGCAGGGCAGUGCCAGACUUUGAAUACUCCAUUCGCACAACACCAAGGAAGCAGACUGCUGGUGUGCUAUUCUGUGUUGGUGGAAGAGGCGGAUCAGGUGACCCAUUUCGCAGCAUUGAAUGUUACUCUAUAAGUAAGAACAACUGGUUCUUCGGCCCUGAAAUGAACAGUAGGAGAAGACACGUCGGUGUGAUCUCUGUGGGAGGUAAAGUCUAUGCAGUAGGUGGACAUGAUGGAAAUGAACACUUAGGAAGCAUGGAAGUAUUUGAUCCGCUCACAAACAAGUGGAUGAUGAAGGCAUCAAUGAACACAAAGAGGAGAGGAAUUGCUCUUGCCUCCCUCGGUGGCCCCAUAUACGCAAUAGGAGGUUUAGAUGACAACACGUGCUUCAGCGAUGUGGAAAGAUAUGACAUUGAAUCCGAUCGAUGGAGUGGAAUAGCCCCAAUGAACACUCCCAGAGGAGGAGUUGGCUCUGUAGCCCUCGUGAACCAUGUUUAUGCUGUGGGUGGCAAUGAUGGCGUAGCAUCUCUUUCCAGUGUGGAAAAAUAUGAUCCCCAUUUGGAUAAGUGGAUAGAAGUGAAAGAGAUGGGUCAGCGAAGAGCUGGCAAUGGUGUCAGUGAGCUCCAUGGCUGCUUGUACGUUGUCGGUGGUUUUGAUGACAACUCUCCACUGAGCUCUGUGGAGCGGUUUGACCCACGCAGUAACAAAUGGGAGUAUGUAGCAGAGCUUACAACUCCAAGGGGUGGAGUUGGCAUAGCAACACUGAUGGGUAAAAUUUUUGCAGUUGGAGGUCAUAAUGGCAACGCAUACCUGAAUACAGUGGAAGCAUUUGAUCCCAUAGUGAAUAGGUGGGAACUUGUCGGCUCUGUGUCGCACUGCAGGGCAGGGGCAGGUGUGGCCGUGUGCUCCUGUCUCAGCAGCCAGAUCCGUGACGUGGGCCAAGGAUCCAGCAACGUUGUUGACUGCAUGUGAACACUGCUGCCUCCUCCAAAUUCCAGAGGAAUAGCAGUAUGGAGGCACUGGAGAGCUGUUUAAGAACAGUGUUUUGUAUGGGAGGUUAUGAAAUAAACACAAAGCAUUUUCUUUGUGAAAAUGUUACUUAUUGCAACAUUAAGGUUUUGGUGGAGUUCUGACAGCUGUGAUACAGAAAAGCCUGUGGAAAUAUGGAAUAGAAGUCUGUCUUAUAGGAGAAAACCCACCAGGGCUGUGGGUGUACUUACUGUAAGCUGUGUACUUACUCCAUUUUUAAGAAGUUGGAAUUUCAAAAUCAUUUCAGGCAGCUGUUGCAGGGACUCAUUAUUGAAUUGUAAACCAGGCACUGGGUGGGAAGAGAGGAGCAGUUGGCACUGCUGAGCCUUACCCAGCAGCCCUAAGUGUUUUCAGAAGGACUAGCGUGCCAUUUAAUUUAACUUAUUUUUCAGAAAUGUAGUCUUAAACAUUUACUAGAUCCAGAAGCGCUUUGAAACACAAAGCCUUUCAAGUUUGAGACGGUAACGACAUCCCUGUUUCCUACGAAGCUAACUGGAGCAGAGAGGUUAACUGCUCACCUCCCAAGGGACUGAGCAUCCACAGCUGCUGCUGGCUGCAAUGGAAACUUUCUUCAGACCGAAGACAGUCCAGAGCUGUCUUUUAAGUACUUUCUAACUUGUUGCAAAGUUGAAAAGAUACUUGACCUGCUUGUGGGACGUAACCACUGAAAUACUGGAAUUCUUCUGUCUAAUGACUCCCUCCAAAAGGGAGGUUUCUCUUGAGAGAUCAAUACUGAAGUAUAAUUUGUAAUACAGUGUAAUUUGUCCUACUUUUAGAUAAUAGCGUGACAAAAUUCAGAGUUCAGCCGUCUCUGAGUUUGCUAGUACCAUUUUUAUAUGAAUUAGAAGUGGCAGUAUUCUCUAAUGACCAAACACAAAUCACCUCUAAAUGCAACUCUAGGAGCUUACGUGUCCAGUUUCAGUAUCCAGCAGCAGCGCAGCGAUAACGGUAGGGCACUGGCUUUUUUCUUUUUUCUAAGACUGUUCAAAAAGAAAGAAUCCAUCCCCAAAACAGUUUAAAUGACUGAAAACUUAUAUAAACCAAAGAGAAUCUGCAGCAAAAAGCAUGGGAAACAAAACAGCACUUACAUUAAAAAUUAAACCCAAAACUUAACUCUGCCCUGGGCAGAGAUACCUUGUUACGCAGUCAGAAACCCUGUAUUCAGGAGCAAGUCCAGCUAGAAAGUCUACCGAUUCCUAUUCCUGAAUCACCUUGAACAGACCAACAACUGACCAAGAAUCUUCUGUGACCAAAGUUUCACAUGACAACGUUUUUCAAGUGACUGGAGAGAGCACAGAAAACUUCUUUGCAUUCAGUACCAGAGAAGAGCUGUGGCUAUACCAGCAUAUAAAGCACAGCAAUGUUUUACUCUUGCAUUACCAUCGUUUAGCUUUUCUGUUUAAAAUUGCUUGCAUGUUGUUGGCACCCGGGGACAAAAUGAAUGAACGGUACUGUAAAUAAUGAAACACUGCAAUAAAACAUUUGUAUUUCAAG